AUGGCGGCGACCUUACCUAUGUCUCCGAUUAGCCAUCAGCUAUGCCGGAGCAGCUCCAAGUUCUGGAACAACGCUUGGACUCCCCGGUUCUGUUCGCCGAUUAUCUCGAUCUCUCCCUGUCUCAUCGGUUUGACCAGUGUCGGCUCCGCCUGUCAGUUACGCGCUCGCCACCCUCUGAUCUGCUCUGCGGUUACAACGAAUUCACUUUUGCAUGACGUCGGAGCCACCGUCGCGGUUCUCGGUGGAGCCUACGCGCUCGUCCUAAGCUUUGAGAGUCUCACGAAGCGAAACGUGAUUCCACAGAGUUUGAGCAGAAAGCUUGUGCAUAUACUCUCAGGUCUCCUUUUCGUACUCUCUUGGCCCAUCUUCAGCGAGUCUACGGAGGCUCGAUACUUUGCUGCUUUUGUUCCAUUAGUGAAUUGCUUAAGGCUUGUUGUAAACGGACUAUCCGUUUCCCCGAACUCUACGCUAAUCAAAUCUGUCACUAGAGAAGGAAGACCAGAAGAGUUGCUUAAAGGUCCUUUGUUCUACGUUUUUGCUCUUCUCGUCUCUGUGCUUUUCUUUUGGAGAGAUUCUCCUACCGGUAUGAUGUCGCUGGCAAUGAUGUGCGGUGGCGACGGAAUCGCUGAUAUUAUGGGGCGUAAGUUUGGAUCAGAGAAGUUACCUUACAACACAAGAAAGAGCUGGGCGGGAAGCAUCUCCAUGUUCAUCUUCGGCUUCUUCAUCUCCAUCGGAUUACUUUACUAUUACUCGAGCCUUGGGUACCUUCAAGUGAACUGGGAAACUACCUUUAUGAAAGUCGCGAUGGUCUCAUUGGUCGCCACCGUGGUCGAGUCGAUACCCAUCACCGAUCAAUUAGACGACAACGUUUCGGUUCCUUUGGCUACCAUUUUAGCUGCUUAUGUAGCUUUUGGGUAUUAG